CAGAAAUUGAAUGAUAGAAGAUCCACGUUCAAGCAUGGGAUUUGACUACUAUGCAAUUUUGGGCAUUCCCAGAGAAGCAUCCGACGUUGAGAUUCUCCUAGCAUAUCGUAAGUUGGCCGUCCGAUGUCACCCGAAGAACGAUUUUCACUACCCUCCAGACAUUCCAUUCCCAUCCAUGUCGCUCGAGCACUACUGGGAACUACUGAAUGAAGCAUUUGAUGUUUUAUCUAAUUCUCUACGGAAACGCAUCUAUGACAUUUACGGUGAAGAAGGUUUGAAAUCAGGAGUAGUCACUCCACGCGGAUUCGUGGAGCCAUACGUGUUUUCGAAUGAUUGCAUGAAAAUCUACAAGGAAUUUUUCGCCACCUACUCACCGUACGGAGAUCUCAUCGAUGCAGCAACAAAGCCACCUCCCCUGUGUCUGGACGACAGAACAAUCGUUAAGGUCAAGGGUCCCGACAUUGAAAAAUUUGUCGAUCUCGAUUUAGAAGAAAUAUACCAUGGAACAAUCAAGAAAAUGGAGAUUCUUAGGGAGGAGUUCGUGGAUGAGGCGCAGGUGGAAACAGUUCUCGUGUCCGAAACGUUGCAGGUUCCCGUCCAACCGGGUGCACCGAGUGGGACAAAGAUCCGCUUCGAGGAAGCCGGUGAUCGCAACCCGAAAACCAUCCCGUCCGAUAUUGUGUUUGUGCUCAGAGAAAAAGAGCACCCAUUGUUUCGAAGGGAUAAGUCAGAUUUGCUAAUGCUUAUGCCGAUCACGUUGCAGCAGGCGCUCGUUGGUUUUCGGCUGGAAGUUGCCGGCAUUGAUGGGAGACAGUUAGUGACACAGGUUGUAGAUGUAGUAACUCCGGAGUAUGUCAAGGUGUUCCAAGGCGAAGGAAUGCCUAUGCCUGAUAGUUCUGAAGAUCCGAAAGCGCGAGGAAAUCUCUAUGUUACUUUCAAGAAUUCAAGACGUGGUCCUAUCAGAAAUGUUGAUUGCUUCAGAGUUGAUGUGUCUGUUGAAACAAGUUCUUCUUAUCGAUGUUGAUCUUCAUUUGUUUAUUCCUCAUGAAAUUCUAC